UGAUUCCGUAUAUUACAAUUUCAAGAAGAAUUGAUCCAGACGAUGUGACAGUUACUUUACAAUGUCAUAUGCCAACAGUUGGAACUGAAGGUGUAUCUUAUAAUUAUCAGUGGUCAACAGAAACUGAUGGAAAAAUUGGUGAUGGUGAUACAAUAGUCCAUCAAAUAAUUUCUGAUCAUGUACCUGUUGAAGGUGUAAAAACUGACACAUCAAUCACAUGUGAAGUUAUCUCACCAGAGACGGAACAAGUAGUCGGUACAGUUAAAUUAGAUAUGGAGCCUAAACCACUUGGAACUACGGGGAAAAUGG